UACUACAGAUUCUGAUCUUACAGUCUAAAUACUACAGAUUCUGAUCCUACAGUCUAAAUACUACAGAUUCUGACCCUACUGGUAGCGGCGUCUGUUCGAGGCGCCUUGUGCGGCAUCUUGCCGCUCGCUGCGAGAGACGAAGACGCAGGACAAAGAGGCGGACGCCGCUGAUUGAGCGGCGAGGAGGAGGAGGAGGAGAGGAAGAGUAGGCAAAGUACAACUCUACAGAGUGGGCGAGGGGGCCUCUGCAACAGCAGUGGCGAUGGAGGGGUGCGUCAAAGUGACGCUCAUCAAGGAGGAGUACGAGGAAGGGCAGCUCAGCGCCGACGCUUGCCCAGACCUCAUCGUCAAGUUCGAGGAGACGGACGACGACGCCGGUGGCGGCGACGGCGUCGCUCCUCCAUGCCUGAACAUCGUUAAAGUGGAAGGCACUCCGGAGAGACCCCAGCAGGAGGAGGGCGAGGAGGAGGAGGAGGUGACGGGGGACCGCCCAGGAUUCCCGGAGACUCCGGGACGAGUCCCGGUCAAGGUGGAGGUCUGGGCGGAGGACGUCAAGAAGUUUGUCGAGGUGGAGCUGCUGGAAGAGGACGUUGGCCGAGCGCGGCACGAGGCCCAAGACACGUGGCCGCUGUGCGAGGGCUGCGGCCUGGAGCUCGGCCGCCGAUGCCUCCGCCUGAAGGUGGACGACGCACUGGCGGCGGCACCGCCACCGCCGUCACCGCGGUCACCGCGGGCCUGCGCGCGGUGCGGCGACGCGAUCGCCGUCGGCGCCGCAGCGUUUGUCUACGGCCAGCGGACGAGGCCGACGGAGGCCCGCGGAGAGGAGGAGGAGGAGGAGCGGCCGCCGCCGCCGGCGACGCCGCCGACGCGGCGCCCCGCGUCGCCGGCGUCCGACGGCAGGAAGCACGCGUGCCGGGAGUGCGGCAAGGCGUUCCUCUACCGGUGCCAGCUGAAGCGCCACAGCAGGACGCACACGGGCGAGAGGCCGCACGCCUGCGCCGAGUGCGGCAAGCGCUUCUCGCAGCGCUCCCACCUGGAGACGCACGCCCGCAUCCACACGGGCGAGCGGCCGCACGCCUGCGCCGAGUGCGGCAAGGGCUUCCGCCAGCGCUCCAACCUCAAGAUCCACGCGGCGACGCACACGGGCGAGCGGCCGCACGCCUGCGCCGACUGCGGCGAGCGCUUCUCCCACCGCUCGCACCUCGCGGCGCACUCGAGGACGCACGGCGCGGCCGGGGGCCCCGGCGCCCCCCGCGCCGGGGCCGCCCGGGCGUUCUCCAAGCGCUCGAGCCUCAGCGUGCACUCGCCGCCCCGCGCCGGCGUCAAGCCGUACGCGUGCGCCGAGUGCGGCAGGGGCUUCGCGAAGCGCUCCAACCUGAAGACGCACGCGCUGGCGCACGCCGGCGACCUGCCGCACCCGUGCGUCCAGUGCGGCAAGGGCUUCUGCUACCGCUACCAGCUGAAGCGGCACAGCAGGACGCACACGGGCGAGCGGCCGCACGCGUGCGCCGAGUGCGGCAAGGGCUUCACGCAGCGCUCGCACCUGGAGACGCACGCGCGCAUCCACACGAGCGAGCGGCCGCACGCGUGCCUCGACUGCGGCAAGAGGUUCACGCAGCGCUCCAACCUCAAGAUCCACGUCCUGACGCACGCCACCGAGAAGCCGUACGUGUGCGAGGGGUGCGGCAAGGGCUUCUCGCACCGCUCGUACCUGAUCACGCACGCGCGCACCCACACGGGGGAGAGGCCGCACGCGUGCAAGGAGUGCGGCAAGGCGUUCGCGCAGCGCUCCAACCUCAACAUCCACGCCCUGACGCACACGGGCGAGCGGCCGCACGUGUGCGUCCAGUGCGGCCGGGGCUUCACGCAGCACUCCAACCUGAAGACGCACGCGCUCACGCACGCCGCCGGGAAGCCGCGAGCGCGCAGGGGCCCUCGAAAAGUUCCGAGCUGAGGAGGAGUCGUCGUCCCCCGGCCCCGCUCAGUUCCGUUAUCCUUCCCCGCGCCUCCCCCCCGCUGAACACGGCGGGCUACUCGCGGCGGGAACGAAGUGCAACGUGCGUACGCUACACGCCGGGCUCUCUACCCGCGCCGCAUUUCAUUGCGCGCGGUUUUUUCGUUGUUUUGUUUUUCCAUUGGGUGCAAAUUGUGAACAACGGCCAUGUCAGACAUUGGCUCAUCUUUAUCGGCAUUGGAAUUGGUUUCACUGUUUGAUGGACAUGGGGUCCCCGGUUCAAACCCCCCCGGCGGAAGGGAGGGAGGCCUCGUCUCCUUCAGCCGUGGAUCUUAGUCUCCCCGUCUGGCCUGUUGCCCGAGAUUUAGCAGGUGGGGAUGACCAGACUAGGAGUUGACAGCCGAAGAGGGCGCAGAGGCCAGAGGUCAGUCCGGAGCCCGUGGACUUUGUACUCAAGGGCUGUCCGGUCCAAGGUCGGCGCCGGCUCUCAACAUCGGGCAGGCGUCGGCGACGCCAGCGCAUUGCACGCAACGCACGGGAUGGUGAUCUUGUCGACCCCCGGUGAUUGCCAAACGUAAGUACACGUUCCAGCGUGGCAGUCUGGGACGCGCGCGCGCCGUUGAGAAGUCGCUUCACCGGCUACCCUGGUGGGGGGGUCAGAGCACGUGCGUACUCUGUUUAAGAUGUGUGGAUAAUACUCUUUGGUUUUUUCGGUAAAGUCACGUAGGUAAAAUAAAAUAAAACAACUUAAUGAAAUCACGACGUUUCGGAGGCAACGCAAGCUUCCGUCCACAGGUGGAACAGUCACAGCAGA